AGAUCCUGUCAGUUCUACACGUGGGAAGCAUACGGCAUAAGGCACGAGCGAGCGCCAUGCGACGCAAAGAUCCCAACCCGUCCAACGCCGGGCGUGGGAAAAGCCUGGUAUCCAUAAGAACUUGUCAGCAGCAACAACGCAAAAUGCAACUUUCCAGGAACAUAUUGCCGAGGAGUUACUCAUCGCCGGCUCCUCAAAAUGAACCAGAGUGCGCAUCACCUGCUCAGAGCAAAAGUUACGUCAUGAGAAGCUACUCAUCCCCGGAUUCGAAGCAGUCGGACUACAGACGCAACUCCGACUCAUUUUACCGGCCUAAAUCACACGGCUCUCGAAGCGAGCUGGACUCCGAUCUAGAGAAUUUCGAGCAAUUUGAAGAAUGCUUCAUCGAUAUAGAUGCAGAUCAAGAUGACGCUGUGGGCCAGUACAGAAGCAGCCCUGAGAAAGAUGAGCCGAAACGAGUGAUGACAACCCUGCUUCCAGGAAGCGGACUGCAGAGAAUUUCUUUGAGACCUAUUUCAACUUCGAGUUCUACUCAAACAAUGCAUGGCGCUCGUGACAUGAAGAAAAUUCAAAAAGACGAAUCAAAAGCAACUCGUCUGAACUUCCGACCUCUGGUCGUGAAUAUGCCUGCACGCCAUAUGCUUUCCGACAAUGAGCCCACGUCUCCAGGAGUUGAGGAGUUGCAGUCAUCUCCUCAACUGGAGAUGGAAACUUCAGAACUAGAGAGAGAGAUGACCAACGCCGAGCAGCAGUUGGAAAAAGGCGUCGCCAUAGCAACAGAAGAAAGCGACGCUGAUACGGUACGUUCAGAGGAAUCCCUUCUUACUCAAGAGAAAACUUCAAAGGGUGCACGAUGGAUACCCGAAUUCUCCCUCGAUGGAAGCAACAGUUUGAAACAUAACGGUAGCGCCAAGGAUUUAGCGUCCGUCAUGGAGAACUUAAAGAAGGGCAGUCUGGUGUCUCGCCAGAACCAGCUCAAUACACAAGUCACCAGCUCCUCUACACAACAGAUGGUUUCCAGCACGACAUCGAGCAGCACAGCUUCAAGCCAACGUUUGCAGAGCUCAUCGCAGCGACUGCAACACAUGACAGCUUCAGAAAUGAAGGCCAGCUCUAUGAAGUCCGAUCUUUCAGAGCUGAAAAGCUCUAUUUCGGAAAUGAAGAAUUUGAGCAGUUCAGCAGCUAAGAACUUCGGACAACGACUAAGAAGUUCAAUGGAAAACAUAGUUGAUCAAGAUGAUUUGGGUGAACGGCAUUUGCCCGAUAUUCGGGAUCUCAGUGAAAUGGGCGAUAUUGGUGACAUGGGUGAUAUGGGAGAACUCCAAAACGAUGGUCCACUAGUUACGUUCCCCGAGUCUGACACGCCACCUCCCGUCACAGAAAAACCAUCAUUAUUAGCUGGUAACACAGUGGCAGUGGGUUCAAGCGCCGCCAACGAACUGAAGUACAGUGCUGCUAGGGUGACAUCUGCUAGCUCGACGCGUGUUGUGGCCGACGGAUACAGUGCAUCCCGAUCGGCCGCUAACAGCGCGAGGAUGCGCCGCCUGCAACACGGUGACCUGCAAUACGCCGAGAGGAGCGCUGCAGGAGCUUCGCACAGAAUGCUGCAAGCGGAAGGACUCACUGCCGAACAAAACGCCGCCUAUUUACAAGAACAGCGGUCGCUCAAGGCUGGAGAAGUGACGGCACAGGAAGCGAACAAUAUGUCUGCGUCCAGUUCCAGGCUUCAAACAGAAGCGUUUAGCGCUGAGAAGAAAGCCAUGGCUUCGGCUCAAGCGCGCCAAACUGUCACGUCCAGUGGCAUGUACACCCACAAGGAACACUCCUCAGUGGCACAAUCAAAUAUGACAAUCUCAAGCAAAAACCUAUCUACCAAAUCUACACUACUCUCUUCACAGAUGAGCCAGUUACUCAACGGUACAAUCAAGCCGGGCGACGAAGAUCUUACUAAUUUAAGUUUUGAUGAUUUAGACAAGCUUAAUGCAAAUUCAAACCAAAAAGAUGUAGACAUGGCAAUACAAAAAUAUUCAUCACGAAUGAACGCCUUCAUAACUUCCAUUAAAAAUAAUCAAAUUGACAUGAAAAAUGCGUCCGUUCAUUUUAACAAAUUGAAUGAAAUGUUAAGGAGAGCGUGGGCCGUGCCCACGUACGGACAUGAGCUAGGCUAUUCCCUUUGCAACACACUAAGGGCGUCCGGCGGGCUGGAUAUUUUGAUGGCAAACUGCCUGGAGUCCAGUAAUCCAGAGUUACAGUUUUCUUCAGCAAAACUUCUCGAACAAUGCCUCACGACUGAAAAUAGAGCGCACGUGGUACAAAACGGUCUGGAAAAAGUUGUUAAUGUAGCCUGUGUUUGUACGAAACAUGCAAAUUCAGUGGAUCAUUCUCGAGUUGGCACUGGAAUUUUGGAACAUCUAUUCAAACACAGUGAAAGUACCUGCGGCGACGUGAUCAAACUUGGAGGCUUAGACGCUGUUCUAUUUGAAUGUAGAAAGAACGACGUGGAAACGUUGAGGCAUUGUGCUACAGCGCUUGCUAACUUAUCAUUGUAUGGUGGAGCUGAAAACCAAGAAGCCAUGAUUAAGAGGAAAGUACCUAUGUGGUUAUUCCCUCUGGCUUUCCAUAACGACGACAACAUUAAGUACUACGCCUGCUUGGCAAUCGCUGUUUUAGUUGCAAACAAAGAAAUUGAAGCUGCCGUGCUCAAAUCUGGUACUUUAGAUUUAGUAGAGCCGUUCGUAACGUCGCAUAAUCCUUCGGAAUUUGCGCGAUCAAAUCUCGCACAUGCUCACGGUCAGAGCAAGAACUGGUUGAAGAGAUUAGUUCCAGUUUUAAGUUCAAAAAGAGAGGAAGCCAGAAAUCUCGCCGCUUUCCAUUUCUGUAUGGAGGCUGGUAUCAAAAAGCAACAAGGCAACACCGAAAUCUUCAGGGAAAUAGGAGCUAUAGAAUCUCUGAAGAAAGUAGCGAGUUGUCCAAACGCCGUGGCAUCCAAGUAUGCCGCUCAAGCGCUACGGCUUAUCGGCGAAGAGGUGCCCCACAAACUGUCACAACAGGUUCCACUGUGGUCCAUUGAAGAUGUACGCGAGUGGGUUAAGCAAAUAGGCUUCUCCGAAUACGCAAACAACUUUUACGAGAGUAGAGUUGAUGGAGAUUUACUACUGCAGAUAACCGAAACAAACUUGAAGGAAGACAUCGGUUUACAAAAUGGAAUCAAACGAAAAAGAUUCACGCGAGAACUUCAGCAACUAAAGAAAAUGGCGGAUUACUCAUCGCGCGACACUGGUAGUUUGAAUGAGUUCUUGCAGAGCAUCGGACCAGAAUACACCAUCUACACAUACUCCAUGCUAAACGCGGGCGUGGACAAGGAAUCUAUUCGUGGCCUCAGCGACGAACAACUGGACACCGAGUGCCAUAUCACUAAUAGCAUACAUAGGUUACGGAUCUUAAAUGCUAUUAGAGCUUAUGAGAGCAGUUUGCCAAGUAAAGGCGAAGAAAAUAUGGAGAAGAAUUUGGACGUAUUCGUUAGUUAUAGAAGAUCUAAUGGAUCUCAGCUGGCCAGUCUACUGAAGGUGCACUUGCAAUUGCGAGGCUUCACGGUGUUUAUCGACGUGGAGCGGCUGGAAGCUGGCAAGUUUGACAACAACCUGCUACAGAGUAUAAGGCAGGCAAAACAUUUUUUGUUGGUCCUCACGCCGAAUGCAUUGGAUAGAUGCAAAAACGACCAUGAAAGGAAAGACUGGGUUCAUCGAGAAAUAGUAGCGGCGUUGCAAUCUCAAUGCAAUAUUGUGCCGAUUAUCGACAAUUUCGAAUGGCCGAAAGCUGAAGAGCUUCCCGAAGACAUGCGGGCCGUGUGUCACUUCAACGGUGUCAGGUGGAUCCACGAUUACCAAGAUGCUUGCGUCGAAAAACUAGAGAGUUUCCUUCGAGGCAAAUCAAACCUUGCAAAUCGUUUGGAAGGACCAUUGCGGGGCCGCGGCGAGGUGCCGACGCCUGGCACCGGCGCCAUCGGCCGCGGCCCACCUAACUACCAACGGAUGGCCUCCUGUGAGAGCCGGGGCAGCGACAAAACGGAUUGACUAGAGCCGCUCAUACACACACUGCCACCUGUUAGACCACGAAGAAGCCGCCAAUCGUCCCUUGAUAAAGCUUCGCCUGCAUCCUCACAAAGCUGUGAACAAUUAUCUAGUAGUAGUAACACAUCUAAGAACGCUUCUCCUGAGAAAUCACUAUACAGCUUACCGGAAAGGUUGUCCGAAAGUAGCGAUAGGUUAGACACAAACGAAGUGGAGAAAACUUCGCGCCGAUGCCGUAGCUGUGAAGGUAUAUUGGAAGCAGAGGAGUCGCACACACCACUUUCUUUGCCUACACCCUUAGACGCCGCCACGCAAACAAAGAGGAAGAAGAAUUUCAUGGACAGAUGUGUGAACAAAGUGAGACUGUGCUGAUGUUUGGUGCAGAGGUUUAAACAAAACGGGAAAGCGAACGCUUGCAGAGUGUGUAAGCCACAUGACUGCCUUAUUGGACUCUAAUUGCAUAUUUAUGUGGAUCUUAUUGUAAAGUACAAAUGUGUGCACAUGUAUAUAUAUUGUGUAUGCCUAUAAUUAUAAAUUAAAUGUGUCUAAGCACAUAAUAAUUGGUAAUCUAAUAAGAUUGUAAUCUCAAUGAGUGCCUGUGAAAGAUAUUGCUGAUGUUAUGUGAGAUGUGACUGCUACCCUGCCGUGUUUGAAGAGCAUCGCAUGAGGUGGUUCGUACAAUAUAAAAUGGCCAGUUUGCUAUUAAAUGUAGUAUGGCAAAUUGCUUAAUAUUUCCUCGACUUUGGCAAUAUAUUAUCUCUCUAUCUCUUCACUCUCUAUAAACUUGCAAAGAAUUUAUGGAUGUAGGUACCUAUAUUUUUUUUUUAAUAUCUUGCCAAUAAAGUAUUGUAAAAUGAGAAAUCAUACAAAGUUAUAAUUUGCAUAAUAUGUGAUAGUUUAGAUCUUCUAGAAAGUAUGAAAUAUUUAAAAAUGGAAUCACUUAAAACGUUGAAAUCUUGCUAGUGCCUGUCUUAUUUAUUCCUUAAUUAUUGUCCUUUUACUUCCAAUGUGAAUUAUAUGUAUCAUUGAGAAUUGUACAAAAUUUUACCAUAAACAUAGUCUGUUAAUUUUAUAGUGAUUCAUUUUAUUAGUUAACCAUAAAGAUAAUGAAUUCUAUCAACAUAAUAUAUGUAUUUAUAUAAUAGCUCUAACCACAAAAUAAAUGGUAUUAUUAUAACA